GAGGUCCACCAAGCAUUUCUUCUCGGGCUUUCAGAGUCAUUGAAAUGGCUGCAGAAGCCAAAGCCCAACUAAGUCUCCGAUGGACCUCUGACCUUGAAUGUUAGAGCGGGACCCAGCUAUUGCUCCAAAUGGAUCCGUCCAACACCCCACAACCGGGGCAGUAUCGGAUUGAGUUGAUUCUUCAGGCGUUGAAAAGCUAAGAAGCAGAGCUACAAUUGAUGUUUUAUGAGCUCAACCCAAUUCCUUCUAGCCACACAGACGGGAAAGGGGAGGAAGUUGUUCUGCGCAAGGUCAAGAGCACCCAGCCGCCCAAAAUCCCAGCACCCGCCUCUGUUGUUCACCAGCAGCAGAAGAGGACAGCCGCCGCCCAGCCUUGCUCUUCUCCGCCCAGCCACGCUGUCGCCCAGCUUUCUUGGGAGAUCCCGACCACAGCACAUCAUUCGGCAAACUGCAAUUCUCCGUUUGGGUUUUGUUGUUUCUGAUUUCUUUUUAUUAUGAUUUUCUGUUGGGAUUUAUUUUUCAUGGCUGUUGAGAACAUAAACAUGUGUGACUAGGUUCCUUUGAACUAGGGAUGGGUGGAUUUUAAUUUUUGAAGUAUGUGACUGUUUUUGUUAGUUUAAUUCAAGAUUUAUUGGUUAUUUGCAUGAUGAGUUUAUAUUAUUGAACUUAAUGCAUUGAGAGUUUGAUCACCUUUCAAUUGAUUUAAUGAUUUAUACAUGAACUUGAGAAAGAAUUGUGUAAAUUAGACCAAUAAUAAUAUAAACCGGGUGUUAGACU